AUGCCUAAACGCUACGUGUCUGUACCAGACGAAGAGGCUAAGCCUCGUCCACUUAGAGUGGAAGUGAAAAAGUACUCCGGUAAGAUGGGUGAAAACCUCAUCCUCUGGAUCCGUGGAAUUGAGAUGGCCAUGAGAUCAGGACUGAUGACGCUUGACCAUCAACAGGUAUCGAUGGCUAUCUCGAAGCUCGAUGGUAGAGCUAGAGAAUGGGCCUUGACGUGUAGCACGUCGAUGAACAUAGCAUUUCCCACAUGGGAGUCGCUCAAGUCACAAUUGGUACAGGUGUUCUCACCACCUAGCCAGGCUUACCGCGUGCGUUUACGCUUUCUUUCUACCCGCCAGGGCAAGAAUGAAUUAUCGGACUAUGUCCAAGAGCUGCGAACGCUCAUGGCUGCAAUGCAGUCUGACCCUCUGCCUGAAGCAGUCCAUGUGACUAUCUUCAUGGAAGGUCUACGUACUGGCAUUGCCAGAACCGAGGUUUUUCGGGUUCACCCCUCUACUUUUGAAGAGGCUGUGAGACUUGCUCUUAAUGCUGAGCAUAACUUCAAGUCGGCCAGACUUGGUUGGAAUGGACAAAAUCCUCGCUCUGUGAGAGCAAACUAUUCGGGUACCACUGCCUAUAAUAGGCCGGAACCGAUGGAUCUCAGCUAUGCUGAAGAUGAAGGUGAAGCUGAGCUUCAAGCUGCUGAGCAGCAACACGUCGUACGACGAUGUUUUACGUGCGGAAGCACUAAACACUUGCGGCCUGGUUGCCCUUUGCGUAAGCAACGCCAGGCUACAAGCCAACACUCGACCCCGAGUCAGAAGUCUGGCAUGGCACGGGGAAAUGCCGACACCCAGUAG